CCAUUGGCUGUUUCAGCGCAGUGACAAUUUGAAAUCGGCGUUUUCGCUCGAGUUUACACACACACACAGAGAGAGCAGCGGCACAAUACAGAGGACACGGAAAUUAAAUAAACGAUAUAACUUCUUUUAUCGCCAAAGUGCCUUGUCGCGAUGUUUCACGGGGAGGACGGUGCCCAGCUCCAGUGCUGUGUGGCCGUCGAGCGCCUAAACACAGCCGGCCAGGCCAUCAAACGCCAGGUCAUCCGCAAGGCCUCCGUCCUCCUGGGCCGCAAUGAGUUCCAGGAGAUAACCCUGAGGAUCCACGACGGGAAAGUGCCCCAGAGUUACACACUGAAAGAGUUCAAGCUCUUCACCAAGUUCGCCCGGGAUGGGAAGUGCACCGUCAAACUGCUCCCUGAAAACAUCCAGGUGCUCAUCUCUGACUGCCCCCCAGACCGGCUGAGCAUCUUCCUCAAAACCCUGAGCAUCAAGCACCAGGCCUGGCAGACCACCAAGCCGCUGACUGACAGAGAGAAGCUGAAGGCUGGUCUGCCCCGCAGCUUCGAGACCAUCAGCCCCCUGCAGCAGAAGGAUGUGCAGAAGGCCAACGAGCUGAGAUCCAAAGAGCCACCCAAAGGCCUGGCAGACCGGACCAAUAAGAUGGCAGGCGUAGGACCACAGGUCAAAAGGUCAAGGAGUGACUGUAAUUUCAGCCCAGUGAAGGCCAACCCGAGCAAGAGGCCUGUCCUGUCUCUGCCAGCAGCACGUAGGCUCAACAAGGAGCAGGCCGCUGUCCUCAGUGCUGUACUGAGCGGGAAGAAUGUCUUCUUCACAGGAAGUGCAGGCACAGGGAAGUCCUUCCUACUGAAAAGAAUUGUGGGCUCUCUUCCUCCGAAAAGCACCUUUGCCACAGCGAGCACAGGAGUGGCUGCAUGUCACAUUGGAGGAACAACGUUACACAACUUUGCCGGUAUCGGCUCAGGCUCCGCCCCUCUGGAGCAGUGUAUCGAGUUGGCUCAGAGGCCCGGGGUGCUGCAGCACUGGACCAGCUGUCGGCAUCUGAUCAUCGAUGAAAUCUCCAUGGUGGAGGCCCAGUUCUUUGACAAGCUGGAGUCCAUAGCAAGGUCGGUGAGGAGGUCGACCGAGCCGUUUGGAGGCAUCCAGCUGAUUGUCUGCGGUGACUUCCUCCAGCUACCUCCUGUUUCCAAGGGAAAGGAAAAGGCCAGCUUCUGCUUCCAGUCCAGGAGUUGGCGUAAAGUCAUCCAGGUUAAUAUGGAGCUAACAGAGGUGAGGCGACAGACGGACCAGUCGUUCAUCUCCCUCCUGCAGGCAGUGAGGGUCGGCAGAGUCACCGAGGAGGUCACGGCGAAGCUGAUGGAAAGCGCCUAUCAUCAGAUUGAGAAGGACGGUAUCCUGGCCACCAGGCUGUGCACACACAAGGACGAUGUGGAGCUCACAAAUGAGAACAAACUCCAGCAGCUGCCAGGGUCAAUGCGGGUGUUUGAGGCAGUAGACAGUGACCCGGCUCUGGUGGUGACUAUAGAUGCUCAAAGCCCCGUCAGCAGACUGCUCCGACUCAAAGUGGGAGCCCAGGUCAUGCUCACAAAGAACCUGGAUGUCCAGCGCGGUCUGGUGAACGGAGCACGAGGGGUCGUGGUGGGCUUCGAGCCUGGAAAACAAGGGCUCCCACGUGUGCGUUUCCUGUGCGGGGUCACAGAAGUGAUGAAGCCAGAGCGCUGGAUGUUUAAAUCUGGGGGCGGGAUUUACCUGAGCCGACAGCAGCUGCCACUCAAACUGGCCUGGGCCAUCUCCAUCCACAAGAGCCAGGGCAUGACUCUGGACUGUGUGGAAAUCUCACUGGCACGUGUGUUUGAGAGCGGACAGGCUUACGUGGCACUGUCCCGGGCCAGAAACCUGGAGGGGCUGAGGGUCAUGGACUUUGACCCCCGGGUGGUCCGAGCCGAUCCAGAUGUGCUGCUUUUCUAUAAGAAACUGAGGAAGGAGAGGCUGCUCAUGCAGGCAUGUAUGGACGAGUUUGUUGGCAAAAGCAACAAGGAAAAUCGUUGGUGAUCAGGAGAAUCGCUCUACAUCUCACUGACGUUGUGCACCAUGUGCAUGAUUAUCCACAUAUAUCAUUUUGUGACAGUCUGGCUUCUCAAAUCACUGUAAAAACUCUGUAGACACACUAUCAACAGUAUUCUUGGAGCAACACUGCCACCAGCUGCUCAUUAGUGUAUCUACUUUUUAAAAGGUUACUUUUAUUUUGCUAUGAUUUUAUUUAUUAUCAUGAUUGUUUGGAUGUAUUUUUACUGAAUAAAGUUUUAGUUAACGUA